GUCAAAACUGAAGGCCCACGCUUCUCAUCAAAAAACCAUUACCAUACAUACAAUUACAAGGCCACGCUGCAACAAGAGCUUUGGCCUUUGAGUUUAACGCACGUACCGAUCCCUUUCUCAUUUCCUUUGUCUCUCGCUUUCGCCGUCGAGCUGCUUAAGCUUAACCAUUAACAAAAUCCCAGAUUGAGGAUUGGGGAUUGCAGAUUGCGGUGAAGCCUGAAACAUCCCCUUCAACAAGCUAAUCGAUAUGAGAAAAUGCUCUUUCCUACUACUUCCCACCAUUUAUUUCUCCUCUUAGUCUUCUCACCAAUCUUCCUUAAUUUGCUCUCUCAAUGUCAAGACUUUUGAUGUUUAGAAAUAUUAGGAGGGCCACAAAUGCCAUAUUAAAAACCCGUGGUUGCAGCAAUAUUGGAUUUAAAAGGGAUGUCACAUAUCCUCUCUUUCAGCCACGUGUACCACAACAUAAGAGUGGCUUUCCAAGGAAUUAUUCUGUCAAUUAUGCAAGUAACACUAUGGCACAUCAUGCUCAAAAUGCUUGGAAAACGAUUUCAAAGCUGCAUUCCUCCCAUGGUUCAACCAUUCCUGCUAUAACCAGGGCUCAAAAUGCUUGGAAGACGAUUUCAAAGUUGCAUUCUUCCCAUGGUUCAACCAUUCCUGCUAUAACCAGGGCUGCUAAAGCAUUCGCCAUAGCCUCAACCAGGUCUCACCCUUUUUUACCCGGUAUUUUUGCCUUAGUGUUUGGGGAGCUAGCACUAACUCAAAAAUCAUUUGCUGAGUCAGAGUAUCUCCCCUCGAAAAAUGCUGUUUUUAUGCGUGCACAAGAUAGCCAAGCCUACAUGAGCAGUUUGCUUUUGGACAUUCUAGAGGUUCUAAUUUUGCUGCUAAGAGCUGUUUGUCUGGCAUUAUUAUUCUCACCCAGCAUAGCCAUGGCUCCAUUUGCAGAUAGUUUUGGACCUCAUUUCAGAACGUUUUGGCUUCAGCUUGUGCAUCGUACCCUUGAGAGAGCUGGCCCUGCAUUUAUCAAAUGGGGACAAUGGGCAGCUACACGACCAGAUUUAUUCCCAAGAGAUUUAUGUACUGAGCUUGCAAAGCUGCAUUCUAAAGCUCCAGAACACAACUUUGCUUAUACAAAAAGAACUGUGGAAAAAGCCUUCGGUCGUAGGAUUUCUGAAAUUUUUGAGAGUUUUGAAGAGAAACCUGUUGCAUCUGGAAGUAUUGCCCAGGUGCAUCGAGCUGUUUUGCGCUUCCGACACCCUGGUCAAAAGUCCAAGCUCAUUGAGGUUGCAGUGAAAGUGAGGCAUCCUGGAGUUGGGGAUUCGAUCAGGAGGGACUUUGUUAUUAUUAAUGCAGUGGCAAAAGUAUCCACACUCAUCCCUACUCUAAAGUGGUUGAGACUAGAUGAAAGUGUUCAGCAAUUUGCAGUUUUCAUGAUGUCACAAGUUGAUCUUUCCAGGGAAGCUGCUAAUCUAAAUCGGUUUAUAUAUAACUUCAGGAGAUGGAAGGAUGUGUCUUUUCCAAAACCUCUAUAUCCACUCGUACAUCCUGCUGUUUUAGUUGAAACUUUUGAACAUGGGGAAAGUGUUGCACGCUAUGUUGAUGAUGGGUUUGAUGGACAUGAACGCUUUAAAACUGCACUGGCUCACCUUGGAACCCAUGCUCUUCUGAAAAUGCUACUGGUGGAUAACUUCAUUCAUGCAGACAUGCAUCCUGGAAAUAUUCUUGUCCGAUUGAAACAUGGCAAGCGUAAGCGUGAGGCAAAAUCAAAGCCUCAUGUUGUCUUCAUUGAUGUUGGCAUGACAGCUGAACUCUCGAAAAAUGACCGUGUGACUCUGCUGGAGUUCUUCAAGGCUGUUGCUUGUAGGGAUGGACGCACUGUAGCAGAGCGCACUCUCCAAUUAUCAAAGCAGCAGAGCUGUCCAAAUCCUGAAGCAUUCAUUCAGGAGGUGAAAGAGUCUUUUGAUUUUUGGGCUACUCCAGAAGGAGACUUGGUUCAUCCUGCAGAUGCCAUGCAACAGUUACUUGAGCAAGUUAGGCGUCACAAAGUCAACAUUGAUGGCAACGUGUGCACUGUAAUAGUAACGACUUUGGUUCUUGAGGGUUGGCAGCGGAAGCUCGAUCCAGAUUAUGAUGUGAUGCGCACGCUUCAGACGUUGUUAUUCAAAGCUGACUGGGCACAAUCUCUUUCAUACACUAUUGAGGGGCUUAUGGCCCCUUAAAAACUUUGUUUUUGCUACAUCUAAGUGCUGGUAAAACAAAAUUUAGAUGGCUCAGCCUCAGAUACUAUACAUAGCUUCAUUCUGAAAUAAUUUUACAUAGCUUAGGUUUCAUUUGAUCGUCUUUCAUCAGUUCCGUUUUGAUUUUUUAUCCCAUAUAGUAUCAAUUUAGUUUGUUCCACUCUGAAUUUUGGUGUGCAUGAGUGAUAGAGAGUAGUACUUGUAAUAGUGGCCUGGGAAAAGGGUCUAUAGUUUAACUUCCAUUUUGUCUGAGUGUAUAUAAUCAGAUAAACCCUGCUCUGAAUCUGAGUUUUCAGCUGGUGUUUGGCAAUCAAAGCUUUCAAUUCUUGGAUUCUUUUAAUGGGACUAUUCAAAAAGUUUUCAA